GCAGUGUCAUAAGCAGCAAACAUUCCUCGCGCAGCUGAGAGUGAGUGAGUGUAGAGGGACAUGAUAUCGGCUGUCAGUGCUGCUCUUCCCCGCACACAACAUGGGCUCCACCGCCCAUACCAUCAAAACCAGAGCUCGAGCAUCACUGCAAUGCCCCGGACUCGGUUCUGUGUCGUGGAUCGCGUGUAUUUUUGAGAUUUUUGAGAUGUAAAAUGUGGGUGAUGGUGCUGUGGACAAGAUGGCAGCAGUAUGAGACAUACAUCUAUAUGUUGUGAGUUCAGUUGAAGUGUGUAAAAUGAUCGGAGAAGACCUGGAUUAUAUCUACUGUUACUUCGUGUGAAAGGUAUGGCCUCACAAGUCUUGGUCUACCCACCACAUGUUUUUCAAACUCAGACAAGUGCCUUUUGUAGUGUGAAGAAACUCAAAGUCGAGCCCAGGAACUGUGUUUACCAUGAGAGGGCCUACCCACAGACUUACUUGAAUGGUAGAACCCUUGGCAUUGCUUACCCGACAAAACUCACCGCUUCGUUCAAGACGCGAGAUUCUGUGAUUGGCAGGCACCGCGGGCAGGAUUUUCCAUUGCAGACGGCUACUGUACGUGGUGUGCGACGUCAGCAUACCACCACAGCGGCACAGCAGCAAAAAGGGGGUAUCUCCUCUCAGGACAAAGGGCCAGAGCACCAGGACAAAGGAAGGGGUUGCAGCAGUGGAGCUACAGGGGCAGUUGGAAGGGGUAGGGGAGAGGGAAGCAGCAGUCAAGAAGGAGGUGGAGGACAGGGUGGAGGUGAAGGUGAAGGUGGUGGAGGAGAGGACGAGGGUGAACGGGAAGACUGUGGAGGUUUUAACUUGCAAGACAGCUCCCACAGAUGCGGGCUGAAACGUAAGAGCGGGGAGCUUGAGAACUUGGGGAGCGCAAUGCAGAUUGUAGAGGACCUGUCAAUGUUACCUGCAAUGUUGCAAUCAAACGUGGGAAACCCACCGGUUGCAGUGCCAGCGGCGGCCGGUGGAGGGCCUGCAAAGCAAGGUGGAAAUUCCAGAAAUGGGGAUGGAGACUACCAGUUGGUGCAGCAUGAGUUGCUUUGCUCGUUGAAGAACACCUAUGAGGUAUUAGACUUCCUCGGCCGUGGUACUUUCGGCCAGGUUGUGAAAUGCUGGAAACGAGGCACCAGUGAGAUCGUGGCAGUGAAGAUCUUGAAGAAUCAUCCAUCAUAUGCACGACAGGGCCAGAUUGAGGUGGGCAUCCUGGCCCGCCUCAGCAGCGAGAAUGCAGACGAGCAUAAUCUUGUGCGAGCCUUUGAGUGUUUCCAGCACCGCAGCCACACCUGCCUUGUGUUUGAGAUGCUGGAGCAGAACCUGUACGACUUCCUCAAGCAAAACAAAUUCAGCCCGCUACCUCUGAAGGUGAUCCGUCCCAUUCUUCAGCAGGUGGCCACAGCGCUAAAAAAACUGAAGGCCAUGGGACUGAUUCAUGCGGACCUGAAGCCUGAGAACAUCAUGCUGGUGGACCCUGUACGGCAGCCCUACCGAGUGAAAGUCAUAGACUUUGGCUCAGCCAGUCAUGUCUCCAAAGCAGUCUGCUCAACGUACCUCCAGUCCCGGUACUACAGGGCUCCUGAGAUCAUUCUUGGCCUGCCUUUUUGUGAAGCCAUAGACAUGUGGUCGCUGGGAUGUGUGAUUGCUGAGCUCUUCUUGGGCUGGCCCCUCUACCCAGGAGCCCUCGAGUUUGACCAGAUUCGCUACAUUUCUCAGACGCAGGGUCUGCCAGGAGAGCAUCUGUUAAAUGUGGGGACGAAGACGUCUCGCUUCUUUUGCCGGGAGUCAGACUCGCCGUAUGCAGGCUGGAGACUUAAAUCCACAGAAGAGCACGAGACCGAGACGGGGCUGAAAUCAAAAGAAGCCAGGAAGUACAUCUUCAGCUGUUUGGAUGACAUAGCGCAUGUGAAUUUAGUGAUGAAUCUGGAAGGCUGUGAUUUGUUGGCAGAGAAGGUUGAUCGUGCAGAGUUUGUGGGUUUGCUGAAGAAGAUGUUGUUAAUAGAUGCAGAGGAAAGAAUUGCCCCAAGUGACGCCCUUAGCCAUCCUUUUGUUACCAUGCAGCACCUGCUAGACUUCCCCCACAGCAACCAUGUCAAAUCCUGUUUUCACAUUAUGGACGUGUGCUGCUCACGACCAGGCAGUUACGAGUCCCUCAGCCGGACCAAGGCUCAGUUUGUCAGGACUGUCCCGAGCACUGGUGCAGCACCCAACCUUACCCUGCCCUUCUGCAAGGUGACUGGCAUUCACACUCAGUGCGCAGUCAUCAUUUUCAGAACUAGAGAAAGCCAGCGCAAUAAUGUCACUGCUUUAGCCUCAUCUGCCCCUUCAGUGAUGCAUCCUGGAAUCCCUCUCCAGACAGGAAGUGCUCAGUUUGGUGACUCUUUCCAGCAGGCGCUUAUUCUCUGUCCCCCAACCAUACAAGGUCUCCCACCUAACCCAAAUAAGCCAGUGGGAUUCUCUGUGCGCAUGGAAAGUACAGUACCACUGGUAACACAAGCCUCUGCCAUCCAACCUCUACAGAUCAGACCAGGGGUCAUUACACAGCAAGCAUGGUCAAAUCGUGCCCAGCAAAUCCUGGUGCCCACCUGGCCUCAGGUGGCCCCUUCAGCAACGGCAUUGGCCUCAGACACAGUGGCAGGUCCACAGAGACUAGCAGAAUGGGGGAAAGUUCAUUCCCAUGGCAACCAUUACAGCUCCAUGAUGCCCCACCAGCCGCUGUUAACAAACCCAAUGGCCAUGUCAGCUCACCAGCCUAUCAGCAUAGGGAUAGCUCAUGUUGUGUGGCCACAGCCAGCUGCUAAUAAAAGAAAUAAACCAUCUUCAAACAGAAGUAACAACUUCAUGCACAGCACCAAUUCCCAAAACUCAUCAUGCCAGUCCCCAAAGAUGGUAGACGGUGCCAAAAACACAGAGGAAGAGGCUGCGGAUUGUGUAGUAGAGGCGGUGCCAGAGGAGGAGCCUGCAUGCUGUAAGGCAAAACAAGAGUACGAGGACUCGACUGUGUCUCAGAAGCAGAGACAGACCAUUGUGAUCGCUGACUCUCCGAGCCCUGCAGGCAGCGUCAUCAGUAUCAGCAGUGGUACAGAUGAGGAGGGGCCGGACACUCAGAAACAUUCACUAGAGUGUAAAGGUAGUCCGGAGUGUGAGGCAUGUCAGAGCACACUCAAUAUGGAGCGCGUGUGUUCCCUGAGCAGUCCCGAUUCAACCCUUAGUACCAGUUCAUCGGCUUCAGAGCAGUCCAGCUCCUCCCCCUGCAAGAGACCCAUCAGUAUGUCAGAUGAUGAGCACGAAAGUGGAUGUGAUACGGUGGAUGGCUCGCCCGCAUCAGUGUCCUCCAGUCGAGCUGACAGCCCCUUCCUGGAGGCCACCUAUAUUAAUGACAACAACCAGAACUGCAAAGCCAAUGUAACUACAGAGACUGAGUCUACCAAGCUGCCCAUCCGCACCAUGGUGGUUCCGCCCAUGCGGGUUCAGAAUAAUGCGCCGAUGGGCCGCACAGUUAUAGAGCCAUCAUGUCCACCCAAAGGCCGCAGUGGUUCCAACAGACAGCCGCCCUACUCAACAUUACUGGUGAAUCGCCAACAGAAGACUGCACCGGCUUUCCCGCCCCUGCAGCCCUCUCAACAGCAGCUCUCUUUUGGACAGGUGCAGCAUUAUGGCUCCGCCCACCAGGAGUGGAACGGAAACUAUAGCCACCGCCGCCCUCAAGCAUUCAUCCCGCCCACCGUACAUGGCCACACCUUCACUCUGCCUCACGGUAGUCCCACCCACACAGCCCACCCUCCUCAAUCGCACCUGGGCAUCCACCCUCACACCCAGCCAACUUUACUGUCCUACCCCCCUUCAGGCCCCCUGGUGACAAAUGCCCCUAUGGCCCACCUCUUGGCUUCACCUGGGUCCACACGGAAUCACGUCUUUCAACCUGCUUAUGGCCUCUCCCAUCCGGCGGGCCACCUCGUGCACCAGGUCACUGUGGGGCUCAACCGCUUCUUGCCCUCACCCACCCUCCACCCUCAAGGCCAAUUCAAGCCCCUGUUCCCGCCACACUCCUUCAUCGCAUCACCCGCAUACGCAGGCUUCCCCCUCAGUCCCACCAAACUAAACCAAUACCCGUACAUCUGACACUCGCUCUGCAGCCCUAUGGCAGGCGUAAGGCCAGGCUUUCUGCAGAAACCACAAACCACCUGGUUUUCGCACCCAAAGCCAUGGCACAAAAGAGAAAGGAAGCAGUUUCUCUGAAUCACAUAGACUUGAGUGCAAUUAAAGUGAGCUUUAAAAAGGAAAUGUAAAAAUGGAAAGUGUUUAGCAUGUAGAUAAAGAAAGCGCACGGUUGAGAAGCAAGAGAUUGGAUAAAUAAGAAACAAACUGUUUUGCACAUUUGAUCACCUUAUCAGAUUUUCAGCUCUUCAGAUUUGAGCGCUCCUCUAAUGAAUAUCAACAAAGGAUGGUGUCCAAAAUCAUGUGAUCGUCAACUUAUUUUUAUACAUUGCCUUUACCUUGUAUACAACACAUCUUUGUUUGUAAAGACAGCCCAGUAUGUUGUUCACAACUGAUAAAAUGUGUCCACUUGCCGUGUUUUCUUGCGUUCCAAGUAUUUGUACUUUUCUCUGUCGUUGGUGUCGUUUGGAAUGGAGUCUCCUAAAAGAGUCGUUCGUCACAUUCUGCAUGUGUUGCAUGAUGUUGAUCAGAGAGAAGCCUAUAGGGGCUCUUUAUGUGUCGAGAGGCUCGCUGCAUUGUUGUCCCCAGCCAUAGUGCCUUAUAUAUAUCGGCAGUUGUUUGUGUUCUACUACACUCUCUCUCUGUGUAUAUACAAUGUGUUUGUGUGUGUAUGUGUCCUGGACUGCAGCACUUGCAAUUCAAAUCAGUCCGUGCAUUCUUUUUGUGUGUGUGUGUGUGUGUGUGUGUGUGUGGUGUGUGUGUGUGCGUGUGUGUGUGUGUGAUGUAUAUACACACUGGUGUAUUAUUUCAUGCAUAGAUAGGCAUCAAUGUACUGCAUUGCACAAACUGCAGUGCUUAUUUUUGGAUCCAGUGUAUAUUUGAGAUGUAGUGAAUUACUUUUCGUUACUUCAUUGGAGAACGGCAUGCUUUUGCUGCUGCGAAUGCUUGCUGUUGAUUUUGUUUUAAUCUUUUUUUUUUUUUUUCUUCUUCUUUUUUUUUUAUCUUGAAUUCACUAGUUGUGUAGAGAAUUCUUUGAAUUUCUAUCCAGAAAAAUCUAAAAAUCUAACAGUAUUUGUACUGUUUAGUAAAACUGCAAUACAAUCUAUAUAGUUAAAGGUUUGUUUUUCUUUUUGUCUGUGUAUUUAGUUCUUUGGGUUUGUUUGUGUGUGUGUGUGUUUGUUUUGUGUGGUGGGCAUGGCUUCGACUAGAUGAAGACACAAAUGCAACUAUCGGUCUUUGAUUCAGGGUCAUGGAUUCAUCUUAGCCUGAGCAGACCAUGCAGUAUUUGAUGUAUAGACACCAAAUACUAUAUAUAUAUAUAUAUAUAUAUAUAUAUAUAUAUAUAUAUAAUAGAUCUAGUUUUUUUUUAGUGCUGAAGCUUGACACGGUUUAAGGUGUGCAAUUCUCAUUUAUGCAUGUGUGAAUUGAUUUUUUUCUUAAUUAUUAUACAAUUAUAUCAUAUUUUGAAAGCUUGUUGGUGUCAACUGCAUUUUAUACAUUCCGUCAGGGAGAAUAAAUAUAUUGUGUGUGUGUGUAGUGUGCAUUUUUGUUUUCAGUUUGUUCUGCUUGGUUUGUGUUUUUGCCUCUCAAAUGAAGUUUGCUUGUGCACCACCAAAGACUGUAAUUUGAAGGCUCUGUUCCAGAACCUAGCGAUAUUUCAAGGCAUCAUACUUAAACUCCUGAUGCAAAAGCUGUCAGAGAUUCUCUUAAAUAGAAAGAAUCAUCCUCCCUGGCUCUACCAUUGGAAAAAAAAAUCCUAACUGUCAACUUGCAUCACGGGUGCCUCAUAAACCCAAUCAUAUUAUAGCCUUGACGUCAUUGAGUCGCUGGCAGGGUUGCCAAGUCUUCAGUUUUCCAGCAGAAUUGGGCUACUUUUAAACUGUUGCUGUGGGUUGAAGGAGGGCCACUGGGAGAGAGCCUUUGAGCUGUGUUUAUGAUCACUAUGAUAUAGUGAUUUUCAAUUUGCAUAACAGUAACUGUAAAAUAUAAAUUUUAAGUAUGGGGAUGGCACAUUUUGUGUUUUGAUAUUUGGGAUAUCAUUUGGCUACUUUUGGGCUAUUUUUGAUUGGCCAUUGGGCUAGUUUUGUUACGCAGACCUGGCAACCCUGUACAACGGUCAAACGUUUUUGCGGAUACAGCAUGAGAAGUGCCAUAAACGGAAUCCUACCCUAUCACAAAAUUGACAAUUAAAAUUUUGAACUCGAUCAAUCCAAAAUGAAUCUUUAGUGGAGAACAUGUUGAAGAUUAGCCAAUUUUUUGUGCUUACAAGAGUAAGAGCUGUUAGCUUAGCAACAUGCUAACUUCAGAGUUUUGCAAUCAAUUGUGGGUUGAGCCUCUUAGUGAGAAGGUGGCUAUUUGUAUGACUUACUGCUUAUGUAGAACGUUCUGUAUUGGCUGCGUAUGAAGUCAGUAGAACUCAAGGCAGCUCGUUAGGUUUUGGAACAGAACCGUUUCUCUUAGCAAGGUAGCUACUCUGUCCGCAUAGACCUCACGUAUACUGUAGUAAUUAUAGUCAUGGGGUAAAUUUCAAAAAUUGUAUUUAAAAAAAAAAAAAAGGCUGACGCUGCAUUCACACAGAGCGUUGGCAUCAACACUUGAUGGAGUACGUGUCUGAAGCUUAGUGUUGACGCGACCAUCAUAGUGACAACAGCCAAUCACAUUACUUUCAGGUGCUGCAUGAACGCAAUUGGCUAGCGUCUGUGCUAGGGUAUUUGCAUAAGGCGAUCUGAUUGGCUGACACCUGCGUUGGCACUUGAAAAGUUGAGAAAUUUUCAACUUCUGCCGCGAGCAACGCGAGUGAAGCGACGCAACGAAACCCACAAUUCAGUUCGGCAAUGCAUGACAUCACCCAUUCAAAGUAAAAGAGAAACGUUAAUGCCGAUGCUCCGUGUGAAUGCACCGUGAGGUUAUGUUUAGCUUUUUGAACAAGUAAUAAGUCGUAUCAUCUAUCUUGAAUGUAUCAUAGACAAGCUGCUAUAUAUUGAUUGCCACUUCAGAUAGCUGUGAAAUUAGAUUAGACUAGUUCAUAUCUGCAUUUGUUUAUUUGUACGAGUCUCUCUGAUUGCCUAAACUAGAAGUGGAUUUUGAUUUUGAGUACAUUUUGCUUCAAUGUUUGGAGUGUUAUUGUAACUACUGUAUUGCUGAUAAUGGACAUUUAGAAUUUUUUUUUUUCUUUUUUCAAAUCAGUAUUGUAUCUUCAUAACGGUUCUGGCUCAUCACUGCAUAUUAAUGGAUGUAUAUGUGUAACUUAAUUUGUGUAUGUUUACCUGUUUAUCUAUGUUUUUGACUUGUAAUAGCUUGCAGGACUGAUUUAACUUUAUCCAAAUAUUCUGCUGUGUUUCAGAAAUACAAACAUUAGUAUAUUUGUCAAGGACUUUUCGGUUAAUAUAAGCAGCCCCAUAACCUCAUGCCACUGAGCACUUAUUAAAAGGCUAGUGUGCAGUAACCACAUGGCCAUUCUUUGAUAUGAGAGUACAGUGUUGUGAUUAAAUGAAUUUAGUGUCCAACUGAAUUGUGAUUUUUAUUAAUGUUUGUCAUUUGAAAAUUGAAAACAUGUUUUUAAACAAAUGAUCACUGAUGUCAGCUGAUGUGUUAUAUUCAUGUUUGGUCAUGUCUUUUUUUUUUUCUUUCUUUCUUUUUUCCUUUCUUUGAUCAGUGUAAGCAACACUGUGUGUGCCUUGAUUGAGAUAUUGGUAAUGACACAUUCACUUUGCAAAAACAAGUGUUCAGCUCACCCACUGACCAGACCAAAUAUGAGAAAGAACAAACAGUAUAAGUACCAUUCCAGGGAUCGAGGUUUUUUUUUUUUUUUUUUUUUUUUUUUUUUUUUAUAUAUAUAUAUAUAUAUCAUAAAUAAUAUUAAUUAGACUUAUCAAUCACUAAUAUAUUUCUAGUUAAUCUUAGCCAGCUAAUUUUAAAUAUUAAAAGCCUUUCAUUUUGAUUCAUUAAGAAUGUUAAUGUUGCACCCUGUGCAUAUGUUUCGAUCCCUGUGAAAUGGCAUUCACCAGCAUUUAGCCUGAAUACAUCAUGUGUCAAUAUAGAAAAGACUGUACUCAACACUUUCAAUAUUUAUUGUGUUCAUAUUUAAACAAAUUAAUGGAUAUGGAUGAUUUCUGCUGAACUCUUUUCUAAUAACAGUAUUCAGUAAACGUUAACACCACCAUUUUUAUUUUAGAAACUGUGUUGGCAAAAUUACAUCUGGGUCUAUUUAUAAAAUUGUUUUGUCUAAAUUAUUUACCAUUCAACCUGAAAUUCACUUCCCAAUAUGAUGAUUUUCAAUCUGUGUAUAAGCAGAUCCACGGUUUAUAUCAUUUUUAUCAUUUGUCAAAGAAGUUACUUCACACUGCAAGUUAUGGAUUUCAUGUUUCAGUUACUUGGUUAAUUAAGAGUUGAUCAAAUUAAAUUGUUAUUCACUGUUUUGAUAUGUGUAUACUUUUGUCGCUUUUUGUUUAGCGUUUCGUUUCAUUUGCUUAUCUGGUUUGAUGCUACACUAGUUUGUCACGUAGCACUUGCACUGUGCAAUAUUUAACAGUAUGAGGACUGGGGAAAUGUAACCCUUUGGAUAUAAUGUCUUUACAGAGUGUAAUUGAUGUUUCCUCUCUAGUUCUCAGUGAAUAAAGAUGUGACCAAGCCUUCUCUACUUAGUCACAUUAAACUGAAUUUCCAGGUGACUUUUGGUGAGUGAAUAAAACUUCAUGGUGUUUUGUCAAGAUUCACUUUGAAUACAAAAGAAAAAUAAAGUAAAGAAAAAAAAAUC